GAGGCGGCGGCGGAGGCGGUGCGGGCGAGCCCGGGGGCGCCGAGCGGGCGGCCGGGCCAAGCCGCCGGCGCGGGCUCCGGGCGUGCGACGAGGAGUUCGCUUGCCCAGAGCUGGAGGCGCUGUUCCGCGGCUACACGCUGCGGCUGGAGCAGGCGGCCACGCUGAAGGCGCUGGCCGUUCUCAGCCUGCUGGCGGGCGCGCUGGCGCUGGCGGAGCUGCUGGGCGCGCCGGGGCCCGCGCCUGGCCUGGCCAAGGGCUCGCACCCGGUGCACUGCGUCCUCUUCCUGGCGCUGCUCGUGGUCACCAACGUCCGGUCCCUGCAGGUGCCCCAGCUGCAGCAGGUCGGCCAGCUGGCGCUGCUCUUCAGCCUCACCUUCGCGCUGCUCUGCUGUCCUUUCGCGCUGGGCGGCCCCGCCCGGGGUUCCGCCGGGGCGGCCGGGGGACCAGCGGCCGCCGAACAAGGGAUUUGGCAGCUCCUUUUGGUCACCUUCGUGUCCUAUGCCUUGCUGCCCGUGCGCAGCCUGCUGGCCAUCGGCUUUGGGCUCGUGGUGGCUGCGUCGCACUUGCUGGUCACAGCCACCUUGGUCCCCGCCAAGCGCCCACGUCUCUGGAGGACGCUCGGCGCCAAUGCCUUGCUCUUUGUCGGCGUGAACAUGUAUGGGGUGUUCGUGCGGAUUCUGACUGAGCGUUCGCAGAGGAAGGCGUUCCUCCAGGCCCGGAGCUGCAUCGAGGACCGGCUGAGGCUGGAGGAUGAGAACGAGAAGCAGGAGCGGCUCCUCAUGAGCCUUCUGCCCCGGAACGUUGCCAUGGAGAUGAAGGAGGACUUCCUGAAGCCCCCUGAGAGGAUUUUCCACAAGAUUUACAUCCAGAGGCAUGACAAUGUGAGCAUCCUGUUUGCUGACAUCGUGGGUUUCACGGGCUUGGCAUCCCAGUGCACGGCUCAGGAGCUGGUGAAACUCCUCAAUGAGCUCUUCGGCAAGUUCGAUGAAUUAGCCACGGAGAACCACUGUCGCCGCAUCAAGAUUCUGGGGGACUGCUACUACUGCGUGUCAGGCCUCACCCAGCCCAAGACUGACCAUGCCCACUGCUGUGUGGAGAUGGGGCUCGACAUGAUUGACACCAUCACGUCCGUGGCUGAAGCCACCGAGGUGGACCUGAACAUGCGCGUGGGUCUGCACACGGGCAGGGUCCUCUGUGGUGUCCUGGGCUUGCGCAAGUGGCAGUACGAUGUGUGGUCCAAUGAUGUGACCCUGGCCAAUGUCAUGGAAGCUGCUGGCCUGCCAGGGAAGGUUCAUAUAACAAAGACGACCCUAGCGUGCUUGAAUGGGGACUACGAGGUAGAACCAGGUUACGGACAUGAGAGGAACAGUUUCUUGAAAACUCAUAACAUCGAAACCUUUUUUAUUGUGCCAUCCCAUCGCCGAAAGAUAUUUCCAGGCCUGAUUCUCUCAGAUAUAAAACCGGCCAAGAGGAUGAAGUUCAAGACCGUCUGCUACCUGCUGGUGCAGCUCAUGCACUGCCGGAAGAUGUUCAAGGCCGAGAUCCCCUUCUCCAACGUCAUGACCUGUGAGGACGAUGACAAGCGGAGGGCAUUAAGAACAGCCUCGGAAAAACUCAGAAACCGCUCAUCUUUUUCCACCAACGUUGUCUACACCACCCCGGGCACUCGUGUCAACAGGUACAUCAGCCGCCUCUUAGAAGCCCGCCAGACAGAGCUGGAGAUGGCAGACCUGAACUUCUUCACCCUGAAGUACAAACAUGUUGAACGGGAGCAAAAGUACCACCAGCUUCAGGACGAGUAUUUCACCAGCGCUGUUGUCCUCACCCUCAUCCUGGCUGCCUUAUUUGGCCUUGUCUACCUUCUAAUAAUCCCGCAGAGUGUGGCCGUCUUGCUCCUGCUAGUAUUCUGCAUCUGCUUCCUGGUGGCCUGCAUCCUGUACCUGCACGUCACCCGGGUCCAGUGUUUUCCAGGGUGCCUGACUAUUCAGAUUCGCACUGUCCUGUGUAUUUUCAUAGUGGUCUUAAUCUACUCAGUAGCCCAAGGAUGUGUGGUGGGCUGCCUGCCCUGGGCCUGGAGCUCCAAGUCCAACAGUUCCCUGGUGGUCCUUUCAUCCGGGGGCCAGCGCACAGCCCUGCCCACGCUGCCCUGCGAGUCUACGCACCAUGCCCUGCUCUGCUGCCUGGUGGGCACCCUCCCACUAGCCAUAUUUUUUCGGGUGUCCUCCUUGCCAAAAAUGAUCCUACUGUCCGGGCUUACCACUUCCUACAUCCUCGUUCUGGAGCUCAGCGGAUACACCAGGACUGGAGGUGGUGCCAUCUCCGGGCGCAGCUACGAGCCGAUUGUGGCCAUCCUGCUCUUCUCCUGUGCGCUGGCCCUGCAUGCCAGGCAGGUGGACAUCAGGCUGAGGCUGGACUACCUCUGGGCCGCACAGGCAGAGGAGGAGCGAGAGGACAUGGAGAAGGUGAAGCUGGACAACAGGCGCAUCCUGUUCAACCUCCUGCCUGCCCACGUCGCCCAGCACUUCCUCAUGUCCAACCCUCGGAACAUGGACCUCUACUACCAGUCCUACUCCCAGGUGGGUGUCAUGUUCGCCUCCAUUCCCAACUUCAACGACUUCUACAUCGAGCUGGAUGGCAACAACAUGGGGGUGGAGUGUCUGCGGCUUCUCAACGAGAUCAUCGCCGACUUUGAUGAGCUCAUGGAAAAAGACUUUUACAAAGACAUAGAGAAGAUCAAGACCAUCGGGAGCACCUACAUGGCUGCUGUGGGGCUAGCGCCCACCUCAGGGGCCAAGGCUAAGAAGUCCAUCUCCUCCCACCUGAGCACACUGGCGGACUUUGCCAUUGAGAUGUUUGACGUUCUGGAUGAAAUCAACUACCAGUCUUACAACGACUUUGUCCUCCGAGUUGGCAUCAACGUUGGGCCGGUGGUGGCUGGAGUGAUUGGCGCUCGAAGGCCCCAGUACGACAUCUGGGGAAACACAGUCAACGUGGCCAGUCGGAUGGACAGCACAGGGGUCCAGGGCAGAAUCCAGGUGACUGAGGAAGUCCACCGGCUGCUGAGAAGGUGCCCCUACCACUUUGUGUGCCGAGGCAAAGUCAGUGUCAAGGGCAAAGGCGAGAUGCUGACAUACUUUCUAGAAGGCAGGACUGAUGGAAACGGCUCCCAAAUCAGGUCCCUGGGCUUGGAGCGGAAAAUAUAUCCAUAUGGUAGAGCUGGCCUUCAGGGCAGACGACCUCCAGUGUGCCCCAUGCCUGGAGUUUCACUCAGGGCUGGGCUCCCUCCACACCCCCAGGGCCAGUACCUGCCUUCUGCAGCAGCUGGGAAGGAGGCUUAGUGGAGCCCACGUGGGCCUCUGGGGUGCACACAGGGUGAGAAUGCUCCGGGGGUGACACUGGCCACGGUGGCUCCAGCCAGGACCAGCAAGACCAGCAGAGCAGGGAGCCAGUGGCCAGGGUGGAGGCGGAGCAUUGUCCAGGCGUGGCCUGUGGCCCGAGGGCCAACCACCCAGCAGACGCAGCACAGCAGUGACUCGGGGAGGGGAGGACACCCAACCGCGCACACUUUUAGGCCUCACUGGAGAGGUGCCCACUCCAUCCUCCCCUCCGUGGCAUAGGGAGCACUGUUACUUUCCAGCAGGCCUGUUCAGGUUUGGCCAGGUUAGCAUCAACAUCAAGACCUUCAGAGCAUCCACCAGGGUUACAGCAAGAGCCACUGAAGUGUGGCUGGCAGAGCAACUGAGGAGCUCCCUGAGAGUGUGGCCUGAGGCAGCCCUGUCCACCCAGCCGUGGUGGGACCUGACAUACAGGCAGCUCCAGGCCUGGGCAGCAGCUUCAAGAGCCAGAGUGGGAAGUCAGGCCUCUCUGGGAAGGUCACAAGUGCUGGCACAGCACAGAGCUGUCCACUCUUGGACUGGACAGUUUGGGAAGAAUUGGGAAGCUGCCUCUCACUGCAUGGAUAGUGGUGGCUGCUGGCUUUCAACUGUGGUUUUUUGCUAAGAGCCAGAGGCAGGUCUUCUGGAGUUCUCAGGGGGCCCUGCGACCCCCUCUCCACAACCAAGGCCAGCAUCGGCUUGCUGCACCUGUGCAUUCUCCACCCCUCCGCCGAUGGCUUCCAGCUCCUAAAACACCUGGACAUUCCCCAUCCUGCGUCGGCACUGUGCUUGUUCAGAGAAGACGAAAUGUGUCAUUCCUUCCUUUCCUUGUGGCGCCUUGGAUCCUUUACAUUUAUCCGCAGUGUGAGGCUCCACUUAUUUUGAAUAUGAGCGGCCCUCACACCCAUCAGCAAGUUUCCUUGAUGGAAGAUGCUGUGUCUCCGGCAGAAUCAACCCUCCAGGACGAAGUUUCAGAAUUGGCCGACGGUCGUGAGUGCAGGUGUCUCUGUUGUAAUUUGCAGGGAAAUUGACUGCAGGUGAUAGUGUUGACGUCUGACAACCUCCCACGUGCAUGUCUAAAUAGUCACAAUGAAGAUGAAGUUGAGAAUGAGGGGACAGGGGUCCAGUAGGGCCAAUGGCGAGGGACUACAGAAAUAGCGAGGAGAGGUCUGGCGUGUGGAGACCUUGGAUCUCGGUCACAGGGAGGAAGGUGACUAGAGACAGGAGGGAAGCUUCUGGAUAGGCACUGUAGUGGGGAACGUCCAAAGACCCACCACUCUGAGAUGUGGUCAGAGAGGUUUCUUUGGACUGCACGUGAGGCCUGAGCCCUGCCUCUGCUCAAAGCCAGCAGGCUUGGGGGUCUCCCUCCUCACUGCUCCUCAACAGCUGUAACCCCUUCCUGAGGGCCACAACUUUUCAGAAAAGGAGCAGAGAGAAGCCCAGACUUCUUUCCCUGGAGUGUAGACCUGUGUGUGGGACCUGUUCCAGGCUGAUCCCUGUCUGCGCAGGUGGGUGAUGUCCUUGGGUGCUGCCAUUAUUGUGUGUCAGAGGCGGCCUCCUGCACAGGAAGAGCCUGACCCUGUCUCAGCUGUGUGGCCAUGCGGGGGCACUGGGGCCUGGGCCAUAGCUGGGGGAAGCCAGGCCCUGGGGCUUUGCAGGGCAGCCAGUGCAGUGAUGCCUGGUGGCCCCAGCUGAGACACGAGUCUGGACAGAGGUGAGCAGGGUGGUUUGCUUUGGGCAGGGGAGGUGGUUAGAGACUGUGUGCAGGGUCCCGUCUGCCUGUCCUGAGGGUGUGGACUAGGUGUCUAGACGGGGUUGUAGGGAGCACUGUCCGCCCUCCUUUCUCUCUGGUCAGGGCUGUGGCCUCUGUGAUGGUGCAAGAGAAGGGAUGGUCUUCAGGCACCUUCCUGCAGAGUGAUUUUGACCAAUGCCUUUCUAGCACCUUCCCCUGGCUAUGACUGGGAGCUCCCGGGCCACGCCAGAUGACCCCACAGGCUGGCUGACCCCGUGGCCCCACUGGAGACUUUGAGGGCGAAGGCCGGGCAGCUUUCACCUUCCUUGGGUGGUCCUCAUGCCGCCUCCACUCACGCCCCUGGUGUUCUGGCAUCACCUUGUGCCAGUGGGGGCUGGGCUCCCAUGAGCUCCUAGGGCAGAAGGAGAGGGUUGCAGGACCUCUUGCUGUUGUUGGGGCAUCCCCAGGAGCUUAUGUUCAUGUGGAACCUCCAGGCUGCCACCGAGGGCUUCUGAGGGCUCGUGGGCUCACCCUGAGGAUUCAGGGUUGGUCUGAGCCGGCUGUGGGCUGAGAACCUGGCUGGGGCCCUGCUGUGAACCCCUCCUCCAGGCCCUGCCUUGUCCCUGCUCCUGUGCUUUCCUUUCUUCUGGACAAAUGAUUUGUCCUUAUGGUCCCCUUUCCACUAGGAUUUUCUCAUCCAUCCACCUGUCUAUCCCAGCCGGAUUUGAAGCAGUCAGUUCAGACAGGAGCCACAGGGAGCCCGUAAGGGCAUAGUGUGGUGGCAGAGAGUGUGGCUGCCCUGGAUCCCCCAGCUCGUCGCGGUGCUGUCCUUGACCCAUGAGCUGUUGAGAAAGGUGCAGAGCCCCUGACACAGCCUGGCUUUCCUCAAUCCUGUUGCCCCCACUGCUGCUGCCUACCUUGGGCCAUCCAGGUGGUGGGCAGACAGAGGAGUGGUCCCCAAAGCUGCCCAUGCCCCAGUUCUAAGCCCUGUGGCCAGGGCUCAGUCACACAACAAAGGUGACUUUGCAAGUGGAAUUACUGUUAGGGAUCUAAGGAUGGGAGGAGAACUUGGAUUAUCUAGGUAGGCUCAGUGCAGUCACAUGGCCCCUUGAAAUGGCCAAGGGAGGCAGGAGAGCCAGGAAAGAUUUGAAGUGUGACAGAGACAGUUCCAUCACUGCUGGCUUAAAGACAAGGGCCCGGGAGCCAACACCAGAGGCCACUUGGCAACCCCGGCCCCAGUCAGCAAGGAAGCCGGGUGUCGCUCACACAACCAGAUGGGACUGAGUUUGGCAACAACCCAAGUGAGCCCGAAGCAGAUUUGCCCCAGAGCCUCCAGGCCUGAGCAGAGCCCACCCGGUGACACCUUGGUUUGGCCUAUGAGACUGAGCAGAGAGCCAGCCACGCUGUGCUGUGCUGGGAUCCACAGAGUGGGGAGGUCACACAUGUGCAUCCUGGAAGCUGCCCAAGGUGUGGCCACGUGUAGGGCAGCAGGAGGAAGCCGUCGCAGGACCAUGCUGCCUUCUUUGGGCUCACGACUGUUCUGGAAAGGACCCCAUGGCAGGCUUGGCAAGGUCUCCACUUCAGGGGCAAACAUCUCCAUCAUCAGCAACUCCAAAUCCCAGCCACUUCCUGGGAGUUCAGGAACUGUGUUUAGCCAUAAUGUUCCUUGGGGUUUGGUAAAAAACAACUUCCUUUUUAUUUGUGAGAAAACUGUAUUAUAUUGCCUUAUUUAUUUUUAAUUGUGUACAAUAUUCAUGUACAAACGUUAGAGCCAUUCGGGUAGAAUUCUCUAAAUUAUUUAUUGAAGAGGCUUUGUAAAUAGUGCACCAGUUCCAGGUGCUGCCUGUUUACUCGUACCAAAAAUGAAGACAAGCCCCACACCCACCUCAGCCCCCGCUUGGCCAUGCUGUGGCCCUUUGGAAAUGACCCUGUGUGCUCCCCUUGCAACCCUUGCAUGCCUUUCAUGCCUGAUGCCGUAGAGUAGAACACAGCCCCGGAAUGCUUCCAGUCGCUUGCAGGGACCAUGCCGGCCCAGAUGGUCCACACCUGCGGGGUGUCUAUCCUGCAGGUGGGCGCCCCCACAGACCCAGCAACCCAAGUUGCCAGUCCGUGUUUCUCAGACUUUGAAGCCACCAAGGCUUCUAGAACACCUGUCAUAGAAGCAAUAACUCUGUACUGUACAGACGAGUCUGGUCUGAAGCAGAUUGGUAGUUUAGAGAUAAACCAUGCAUACAAGUUUGCCCCAUUCUCUGGCUUGGGGUGGUGAGGGGCGGGGAGCUGCCACUCCCAAAGCCCCCACCCCUUCCCAAAGCCCAGUUCUGACACCGCAGUUCCUGUGGGUUGGGCUGCCCUGGCUGGUCAGAGCUCAGCACCCAGGUCUGGUGGGCAGACAGAGCCGGCAUUAAACCCCGGCAGGUCAUUGUCACUACACCCUUGCUUGGAUGAGGAAGAAAGGAAGCAAAGGCACUCACCCCAUCCAAGAUCUGUUCGAUUGAUGGCCUCAGUACUCACACUGACAAAUGGUGGUAUGCUGCACGGUUUGUUGGUGCACAGCCUAAAGGAUAACAUAUCAAGGCUUACCUGUGGAACGCCAUUUUAAGGAAAAGGUGGCACUCUGAAGCCUGUCCCCAUUCACCUUCCACAACGCUGGUACCAUUCUGGCAGAAGAGCCCUCUGGACAGGACACCUGUUCAGACCCAAGGGCCCCAUGCUGGGCUUGCCUGGGUGUGAGAAGGUCAAACUGGGUGGCUUAGGCCUUCAGAUUGAGCUUGGCGGUGACCAAGAGAAGGUUCUUAUUCAAAGAGCUCACCUACCCCAAAUAACCAUCGGUACACAAAUCAUUCCAUGGUCUUUGGCCCCAGGCAGGAGAUGCUGCAGGCAGGUGUCCAUACUUGGCAAAAUGGGCAUUAAGGGGAAUGGAGUUGCUUCAACUUUUCUCGGUCCCGGCCCUCACUCCACCCACCAAGUCCAGCAGAGCCAGGUGGGCUGAGACAAGUGACCAAGCUGGACUGAGCCUUGGGGGAGGGCCUGGAGCCAAGGAGCCUCCCUGGGUAGGGGCAUCAGGAGCAAGGGCAGGGCCUGAGGACUGCUCCCCCUGCAUAGUGGGCAGGUGGGGAUGGAGCCCAGGGUAGACCUUGAGGAAGGCUGAGUAGGCUCAGCAGAAGUAAUUCUCUUCCCAGAGUUGUAGUUUUUCCACAGAUGGAUUUGGGUGAUUUGAGGGUGGUCAGGCUCUGCUGUUGGGGGGAUGAAUGCCAACAGGGCAUUUGGAAGCUGUAGUGUCUGUGAUUCUGUGUGAACUGACAGCAAGGAGCUGAAGGGCAGGCCCAGCACUUGGGAGAGAGCACGGGCAUGGUCUGCUAGAUGCAGGGCUUCCAGGGCUGUGAAGGCAGAGGGGUCCCUGGAGGCGGACGGGGCAGGCUGGGGGCCAGCAGCAGGUGGCAGGGCCCCAGGCAGGGUGGCUGCUUCCUGCACAUAGACAUUCCUCUGGCACAGGGCCAAGUGCCCAUGAGCACAGCCCCAGACAGACACACGGUGGGGAGCCAGGAACUCUCCACUCACCUAGGGGAGCCCUGGGGCACACACUGGAAAGUAUUCGAGGGGCUUCCUACCUUAUUCUUCUGUUUGUUCACACACUUAGCGAAAGCAGAUUCUGUGCUAGAAUGUGAGGAAAUCCGUCACCUCCUUGGUCCAUUCCAUAAAAUGAAAUUCACUUUCAGGUGCCACACAUUUUGGGGCUAGACCUCCCUAAACAACAUGCCAUUGUGACAUGAUGCAUAUAUUUGUAUCUUUAAAUUUCUCUGAAAAUUUAAUCUCUUCUGUUCCAUAAGCAGUCUGUUCACUACCUUAAAAAACAGAUACUCCACUAGAGGCUGUGCUUAAUUCAAAUCCAUGUGUAUGCCUGUUAACAUGUGUGAACACGUGUUCCUGUCAUGUGUGUCAUGCACAUCUGUGUGUUGCUCAGCAUAAGCCAAAUGAAAAUUAAUCAUUUGUUCAUGGGAUUCAUAUGGGGAACAAAAUUAAAUUUGAAUACAGCCAGAUAGCCACCACACAGGGCAUUUAGGGAAACAGUCCCCGAGUGCCCUGACUUGAUUUCCCUUAGAAAAUCCUUGUUAUCAGAGGAGAAGGUGUGGGCAGGGGCAGCAGCACCUCAGACAUUGAGUCAACUUUAUCAUCUACGACAUCAGCACUGAAGUCCAGGGACACUGAGGCACUAACUAGGUUCCAUUUUCUUUGGUUUGGUUGGUUAUUUUGUGUGUCGGAGGCCGGAGGGUCUUGGUUUGCACAGAAGCCUGUAGAGAGAGCCUCAGGGCAGUGCCAGCUAUAGGAAUUUGGUCCUCCAGCUCCCCUCUAGUUCCUGGGAGCCAAUUUGGAGUGUGCAUCAGUGUCAGUCUCUCAGAUGUGCAGUGGAGGAGCAACAAUAGACAGGUGGCCUUCUUGGGUUGUGCUUCACAAUGGACUUUCUGUUUGAAAUGAGAAAAUCAGGCUGGGUGUAGGGGCUCAAGCCUGUAAUCCCAGCACUUUGGGAGGCCAAGGCAGGUGAAUCAUUGAGGUCAGGAGUUCAAGACCAGCCUAGUCACCAUGGAGAGACUCUGUCUCUACUAAAAAUAAAAGAAAAAAGUUAGCCAGGCCUGGUGGUCGGAGCCUGUAGUCCCACCUAAACAGGAGGUUAAGGUGGAAGAAUUUCUUGAACCUGGGAGGCAGAGGUUGCAAGUGAGCUGACAUCACGCCAUUGCACUCCAGCCUGGGUGACAGAGCAAAAAAAAAAAAAGAAAUUAGAAAAUUGACCAUAGUGGCAGCCACCUGGCCUAAUGCUGUGUCUUUUGUACCUCACAGGGGUCACUUAUUUUAGGUACAACUCCUUUGUUCUUUGUGAAAUCAGUGAGUUUCCUUCUGCACGUCACUAGAUUCAAUAUGUUCUAUUGCUACACCGGUAACCACAGGGGAAAGGCACUUGUUGCCCACCUGCCUGGCUACAACCAUCUCCAUGGGCCUUUUGCUGUGACCACAAAUAAAGGAAACACUCCUCACUAGUAUCCAAGUCCAGCUUUACAGUAACUGGGCACCUUACGUGUGCUUCACAUCAGUCUCCUUCGAACAGCCCGUGGUGGGAGGUGGUAUUAUACUCCUCAUGUUGACAGUGAAGAAUCUGAGCCCCAGAGAGGUUAGGGACUUGAGUAAAGUCACACAGCCCUGAGAGGCAGGACCAAGCUUCCACUCCUGCUCUGUCCAGUUCCAAGCCCUUGUUUUCCAUUACGUUGAGUGCCUCUUUGCCAGCAGCAACAUCUGCAACAUUUAUGUUGGUUUUGAUGGAUAACUAGUUCAUCCACAUGCAAGUGCCCAAGUGGUGGAGCGGCCACCUCAGCAUGUGGGUUCUGAAUGCAGCCAAGGCUGGCCCCCAGUGGACAGGACUCACUCUGACUGCCCGCCCUCAGAGCAGGUGCCUCAGUCCUCACUGGCACUGACACGCCUCAUCUCACGUUGCUAAAUUAAAGCAAUGCAAUGCCUCUUGGGUAAGAGGAAUUCCUUCUCGUUUAACAACUGAUCCUCAGCAAGGAAAUAAAAUAUUAGGCUUAAAAAAAUCCCUAUUUUGUUAUGUCAGGCUAUAUUCUAAAACUCUGUUGGAGCCAAACUGUCAUUGUGUGUAAUUUCAAAUAUGCAGAACCUCCUUAAACAAGGAGAGCCGUUACUGUCUUUUUCUGUUAUGCCCCUCUGACAUCAAAUGGGGAGAAACGGUGGCACCCCCAGACACUCCCAAACUACACACCAUUUCUUCCCUUAGACUGAGUCAACCCAGCUCCCAGUUUCUGGUCAGGAGUUCUGCGAGCUAUGGGAAGGCCAUUGGUUGAAUUCACCACUUUUACUCUGUCUUCCUCUGCUGUAGAGCCAUUUAAUGUUAUUGUCAUAUGCUACUGGUGAGGUAUAGGUGGGUCCAGGUGCCUUCCCAGGGGUUAGAGGAUAUUCAAAGGGCCGAUUUCAGCAGAAGUGUUCAGAAGGCAAGAGAGGGCUUUAUGAUGGAUGGUGAGAGAUUUGACAACCACCAGAGCACGUGUGCCCCUGACACUCUCCUGGGCAUUGGUUCCUCUCUCUCCUGCUGGUACCAGGCAGUUCAGACUUUCAGAUAGGUUGCUUUCAAAAGAGCUUUCAGGCCCUUAUUGAGAAUUAAUGUUUAAACAGAGAUAAUAGCCUAGACGAAGUCCCAAGACAUCUAUCAAAUCUCGUGGGCUGAAUAAGUACCUCGUGUGGGACUGUGCAACAGUUUCUCAGACUGUCCCGCCUAUGGGCAUCCACCUCCUGGGCGAGCACAGUGGGAAGCUGGCCUGAUGGCAGCCAGAACUUAUUUCUCACCUCCCACCAGCAACCCCCCCCACCCAACUCUGGGCCCCAGGCACAUGAAGCACAAGUCUCAGGGGACAAUUCCCACAUUAGGGGAUCCCGAGGGAGCCCAUCGCCACCUCUUGCAUACAACUGUCCACUAGGAGGCACACGCCCAGUGUGGGAGAGAUGAGUGGUCUUGCCUUCAUCCCUGUGAAAACUGCACCUAUGCAAGCCAUUUGCACUCUGGAACUGCAUGCCGUGAAAACUCCUAAUGGUAUGGAACUUAGUUUGAGUUUGAAAUCACGUUGCAUGCACAAAGGGACAGACCCGGGCCCGCCCUCAGGUCAUCCACCUGCUGGCUGCAGAGCAUCCCCGGGAGCCAUGGCGAGGCCCGUGGAGCCUGAGCUUGUGUAGCUUGUGCACUUAUUAUUCAUCACCUCCCUUUAGUCACCACUCCUCUUCCUCCGCCAUCCUCGUUUAUGCCGAUUGCACACCCCCCGAGCAAACAACAAUAUCCUUAUGACCAUCUCGUAGUGGUGGAUUCCAUUCCUGUUUAAGGUAAGCCCAAAGCCCACUUUGGGAUUUUCUCUGCUGUCUGAGAAAAGUGUAAGCACCUAUGUCUUUCUGGGUUAAGCUGGAUAGGGUUGUGUCCCUCUAUGGAACGGAGAGUGAUGUGGGCAAGGGUGUCAUUUUCUCACACAAUACAACUCACCGAGGAUGCUUCUGUAGAAGUGAGAAACACGAUGACUACAUUCAGAAUUACAAUAACUCACUCUCACUGGGUAACUUCUCAUGAUAGAUUUGUAUGAUCAAUACGGGUCUAUUUUUAUGUCAACUGAACACUGUAGAGUACCUUCCAGUCUUUUUCAAGAUUGUUAAAUUGAGACAAGUAAUUGAAUAAUUUGUCCUAUUUUUAUUUUAAAAAAAGUGAAUGGACUGAGAUGUUAAAUGUGAAUGUACAUUUCUUAAUUGCAACUUUUCUACUGAGUGUUUGCACUAUACUUUCUGGAAUCUUAUUUAACAAAAAUAAAGGGAAAAAAUUGCUUGACUAAACUCUGUGGCCAUUUCAGUGGAAAAAUAAAUGGUUAUAUGGAUGUUUUAAAGA